AUGGCCAAGUUCGAGAUUCCGCCAUCGGCCACGGGCCUCCGCGAGAUCCCAGAGUCGGAGCUCGACCUGCGCUCCGACGCCGAGAUCAUCGCGGACCUUAAACAGUUCGUCCCCGUGACCUCGGAAAAGAACCUCUGGGCCUUUUGGGACAAGGGCAUCGACGCCAUGUACCCCAGCUACCGGUGUACGGUCCUCAACUGGGUACGCCGCCUGGGCCGCACCUGGACGGUGCGCAUCGUCGACCUCGCCGAGGGCUCGCCCAACAACGUGUACAACUUUGUCGGCGCCGAAUGGUUCCCCGAAUGUUUCGUAGCCCGGACCAUGGACGGAAAGCACGCCGCGCAGCACGCCGCCGACCUCGCGCGGCUCCCUCUGUUAUACGUCCACGGCGGCGUCUGGAUGGACGUGGGCAACAUGCUGCACACCCACCUCGACCGCCUCUUCUGGGACCACCUGACGGGCCCGGACGCGCGGUUCGAGAUGGGCGUGUGGAUCAUCACGGGGCAAAUCAGGAAACCGUGGGGCAGCUUCGGGAACUACAUGCUGGCCGCGCGCAAGGAGUGCACCUUUAUCCAGAACUGGCACAACUCGUACAAGUCGCUCUGGGCAGGCCGGACCAACGCCGAAGGCUUCAGCGACCUACCGCUCGUGCAGGAAAUCGGCAUGGCCGAGGGCCUGGCAGACUGGGACUUCAAGGAAAAGCUCAAGCACAUGAGCGACUACGUGGCGCAGAUGCUCCUCGGGGACCGCACCAAGAACCUGCUCGACGUCGCGACGGGCUGGAACGGGCGCGACUUCUGGGAGACCAAGGUGUUCAUGGUGGAGGGCAUCGCCAACGGGGUACUCGCCGCGAUCCGCACCAACGGCGACGGCUACCGGCAGGCGGAGCUCUUCACGACCGCGCUGGACGAGCCUGACGCGGCCAAGAGGCAGGCGGCGGAGGAUUUCGUCGUGGAGAUGCUGGAGAAGAGCCACAUGUACAAGGUCUACCAUAACUCGUCGGGCGGGCGGCCGGCGCUCGGCGACGUCAUCAAGAAGCCCGAGUUUCGGGACGCGGAUCACAGGCCCGGCACGUUUGGCGAGCUGUACCGGUAUGGUACGGUGCACUGGGAGCCGACGCGGGAGGUGGAGCGCCUGGUGCCCCAGCCGACGGGCGAGCCCUUGAUUCGGGCGACGCCUACGACGGUGGCGGAAAGAGGGUGA